UCUGUCCAAAUUUCUGUUAUAAAAAGAAGAAAUAUUAAUUUUUUGUUAGUAUAUGGGUGAAUUAAUCGAAAAAAUGCAUGAUACCAAAGAUUUUUGCUUCACGUUGCACGCGUCCACGUCGGAUAUAGGUGUGAUCUUGAAGCACAGCGUCUAUUCCAUCAUUUACCAGCGAGGCAUAAGCUUUAGGGAAGGAUUUCGAUGCGGAAUGUACGACGGUGUACCGUUGAUGUUACCGUGCAACCAGAAAAUUCAAGCCUAUGUGGACGAAGUGAUGGUCGAUACGCAACGUUUCCUAGAAGCAAAGCAGAUCUCCAAGUUUAUGGUGUACAUUUACACCGGCCGGAACAAAGUGCUGGAGCGUUGGAUUUUCGACCUGCAGCCGAAGGAUGCUUACGAUGAGACGACCUGUUCAAGCAAGGCAGUGCCAGAGAUGAGUGAUAUUGUGCUGCAAAUAACUUCAGUAGCAUGCUGUCUGCCCAUUUUGAAGAAAAGAUGUCCCUUAUAUUUUGUAUUCGGAGAGGCAAGUCACGAUAAUGAUUAGCUCGAUUAUAGCGAAGCAUGUUGCUAUCACUAUCAUUGCGAGUAUGGCUUCUAUCUAUGAAAGUUCCACGUUUUACUUCCCGAUAGAGCGUUAAUUAGGUCCAGACAGUA